AUGAGGACCACGUCGUUCUCCCUCGAGGUCUUGGCCCUGCUGUUCCUCACACUGAUCCCGUGGCCGGGGCCGUCAGUUUUCAAGAUCACUUGUUCACGUGACAACUCCAAAAUAGUCAGGAAAGUUAUACAAAACAAAUGGAUGCCGGUCUUAGAAAGAUUUCAGGUGAAGCUUCCAUUAGAAUGUCCGUUUCAUCCUGCGCGUGACAUCUUUGCGCCUCAGCACGCGGCCAAGCUGCAGCACCGGUCUUCACAAUGGACAUGUGCCUUUUGCGGCAAAUCUUUCUACGAGGAGCGACACCUCGACACUCACUUCGACCAGCGACACAAGAACCAGAUUAACAAGGCGGAAGACGCAGUGUGCCUGGCAGAUUACUGCGAUAUAAUGCGGUGCCAGGUGCUGGUGGCGCACGGGCUCUUGAGCGGUGGCGUUGAGCCGGUGACAGACGUGGAGGUGUGGAGGGAUGUUGAGGCGGCGCGGCGGGCUCUAGCGCCGGCUGGAACCCGGGGGUUAGCGAGGGCUCCCCAGCGUCGUCACCAGCGCUCCCGCGCAAUUCCCGGGGUUACGCCACCCGCGCCUGACUGCCCAAGACUUGAUCCGGAUGCCGAUGAUCCUGAAGUUGAAGAAAAAAGAAGAGAAGACAGUGAUGGCGAUACAAAUCAAACGGCAGAAUUGUGCGACGCCGAUAUGGUAGAGUCAUCUUUGCCACCAGACAGUCGACAAAAGAGAUUAGCAGACUUGCAAGCGGAGCGCGCGGCGUGCGAUCCCGCAAGAUUACAGGGUCUUAAGGUGCGGUGUGAAAGAGUUGUUCAUUCUUGCAUUGCAACGCUUCUACUGCAUCUGACACAACAUCAAUUCACAGAAUUGGAAGAGGAGAUGCAGCGCACUGUGUGCUGGUACUUGAGCUGCGACCGGUACUGGGAGGACGCGGCGCCGGGCGCACGGCUGUUCCCCUGGCCACUGCUGCUGGCGCUCGCCACCGGACUCGCGCUCGCGCUCUGCAUGUGCUACUAUAUCAUCUGGAUCGUCUUCGAUUCAGAGGAGGGUAGCGUGGCGGGCAGCGCGUCGGUGUCGAUGACGACGCACUCGUCGCCGACGCGCGGCGAGCGGAUGCCGGGCGACGACGCGCUCGACGACGAGCACGACGACCACUACAUCUACGUCACCUACCCGCCAGAGCUCAAACGUCGCCUGCUCGAGAGCUGCUACAAUAGAACAACUCGACUUUGA